AUGUCCCUCUCCGCUGUGUUUGUGUUGGACCUCAAGGGGAAGGUGCUGAUAUGUCGGAACUACAAGGGCGACGUGGACAUGGUGGAGAUUGACCACUUCAUGCCUCUCCUCAUGCAACAUGACGAGGAGGGGCUCAUGUGUCCUGUGAUGUCACAUGGCAACGUUCACUUCAUGUGGAUCAAACACAGCAACCUCUACUUGGUGGCCACCACUAACAAGAACUCUAAUGCCUCACUUGUGUAUUCCUUCCUCUACAAACUCGUCGAGGUAUUCACGGAAUAUUUUAAGGAACUGGAGGAAGAGAGCAUUCAGGACAACUUUGUGGUCGUGUAUGAGCUCCUGGAUGAGCUGAUGGACUUUGGAUUCCCUCAGACCACUGACAGCAAGAUCCUUCAGGAGUACAUUACACAGGAGGGUGCUAAACUUGAGGUGGCAAAGUCGAAAGUGCCGACCACGGUCACCAAUGCCGUUUCCUGGAGGUCUGAGGGUAUCAAAUACAAAAAGAACGAGGUUUUUAUUGAUGUCAUCGAGUCAAUUAAUGUGUUGGUAAAUGCAAACGGCAGUGUGAUGAGCAGCGACAUCGUAGGCAGCAUCAAACUAAAGACCAUGCUGUCAGGGAUGCCCGAACUGCGACUCGGCCUCAACGAUAGGGUGCUUUUCGCGCUUACCGGACGUGACAAGGGGAAGACAGUAGCGAUGGAAGAUGUGAAGUUCCACCAAUGUGUGCGUCUGUCACGCUUCGAGAAUGACCGCACUAUUUCUUUUAUUCCUCCAGAUGGGGAGUCUGAGCUUAUGUCCUACCGCAUAAAUACCCAUGUGAAACCACUGAUAUGGAUUGAAUCAAUAAUAGAAAAGUUCUCUCACAGCAGAGUGGAAAUCAUGGUGAAGGCAAAGGGCCAGUUCAAAAAACAAUCUGUGGCAAACAAUGUGGAGGUGAGGGUUCCUGUUCCCAGUGACGCCGACUCGCCCAAGUUCAAAACCAGCACGGGUAAUGCCAAAUAUGUACCGGAGAAGAACCUGGUGGUGUGGACUAUCAAAUCUUUCCCAGGAGGAAAAGAGUUUCUCAUGAGGGCUCACUUUGGUCUGCCCAGUGUGGAGAAUGAUGAGCUUGAGGGCAAACCUCCCAUUACUGUCAAAUUUGAAAUCCCUUACUUUACAGUGUCUGGAAUACAGGUGAGAUACAUGAAGAUAAUAGAAAAAAGUGGUUACCAGGCAUUGCCGUGGGUCCGCUACAUUACUCAAAGUGGAGAUUACCAGCUACGGACCAAUAUGUAA